GCCCCGUGCGGCUGCCGUAAACCCUCACUCUCCCCUUGAACCCUCUCUCUUACCUUCAACCUCCAUUCCCCUCCCCCCGCCUUCUUCUCACCGAACCACAGCUCUGGAACUGCGGGAAGGAGUCUGCCUCUCCUCUUCGAAGGCUUUGGGGGGUUCGGUCGUCGUCUCGUUCUUCCCUCUUAUCAACCGCAGAAGCCCACUGCCUUCGAGAGGGUCCAUUUCUCGAUUGCUGGUUCCGUUUCCUCGUAAUCUUGACCUGAAUUCCCCGGCUUUUCUCGGAGAAGAUGGCGUCUUGCACGGCUCAAAUCCAUUUCCUUGGUCUAACCGGAGCUGGAUCAUUCAAGCUGUCCAAUACCAACUCCUGCAACUGCAGGUUUUCAGCUGCUCUGUUCUCUGCUUCUGGUGAUUUCUCCGCCGGACAUCCCAUCAGUCGGAGCUCCGGGGAUGGUCUCCUCAGUGUUCGUCGAUGCUCUUUGGCAGCUCGUCGUUUUAGAGCUCUCCCACAUUGCGUUGCGCAGAAAGCCGACCCCUCAGUCUCCGUUCAUUCACAGUCAAGCAAUGGCGCAUCUUCCGAGAGGGUGGUAGUGCUGGUCAUAGGUGGAGGAGGAAGGGAACAUGCAUUAUGUUAUGCCUUGAAGCGAUCUCCAUCUUGUGAUGCCGUUUUAUGUGCGCCUGGAAAUGCUGGUAUUUCCAGCUCGGGAGAUGCGACGUGCAUUCCAGACCUUGAUAUUUCUGAAAGUGCUGCUGUUAUCUCUUUCUGUCGUGAGAGGGGAAUCGGACUUGUCGUCGUGGGGCCAGAGGCUCCUCUAGUUUCAGGUCUUGCAAAUGAUCUAGGUAAGGCUGGGAUCCCUACUUUUGGGCCUUCAUCAGAAGCAGCUGCUUUGGAGGGUUCUAAGAACUUCAUGAAGAGCUUAUGCGAUAAAUACGACAUUCCCACAGCUAAGUAUAAAACAUUUGUCGACACAUCUGAAGCAAAGCAGUAUAUUAAGGAGCAAGGGGCUCCAAUCGUUAUCAAAGCUGAUGGAUUGGCCGCUGGAAAAGGAGUCACUGUUGCUAUGACACUCGAGGAUGCCUAUGAAGCUGUUGACUCCAUGCUCAUUAAGGGUGUUUUCGGGUCUGCUGGUUGCAAGGUCAUAGUUGAGGAGUACCUCGAAGGGGAGGAAGCAUCUUUCUUCGCCUUGGUGGAUGGAGAGAAUGCGAUUGCCCUAGAGUCUGCCCAGGACCAUAAACGAGUCGGUGACGGUGAUACUGGCCCUAACACUGGUGGAAUGGGAGCAUACUCUCCUGCACCAGUCCUAACCAAAGAAUUACAAUCUAUAGUCAUGGAGUCCAUAAUCCUCCCCACCGUCAAGGGAAUGGCAGCCGAAGGUUGCAAAUUUGUCGGUGUUCUCUAUGCUGGUCUUAUGAUAGAGAAAAAGUCGGGGCUGCCUAAACUGAUCGAGUACAAUGUGCGCUUUGGAGAUCCUGAGUGUCAGGUAUUGAUGGUUCGUUUGGAGUCAGAUCUGGUGCAAGUUUUGCUGGCAGCUUGUAGAGGUGAGUUAAGUGAUGUGACGCUCGAUUGGUCUCCAGGAUCUGCUAUGGUGGUGGUAAUGGCUAGUAACGGCUACCCUGGGGACUACAAGAAGGGCAGUGUCAUUCAGAAUCUCGAGGAAGCUGAACUCAUUGCUCCAUCUGUCAAGAUAUUCCAUGCAGGGACUGCUACGGACUCAGACGGUAAUUUCAUAGCCACAGGUGGCCGUGUUCUUGGUGUAACUGCCAAGGGAGGAGAUCUGGAGGAAGCACGGGAUCGAGCUUAUCAAGCAGUGGAAGCGAUCAACUGGCCCGGUGGGUUCUACAGGAGGGAUAUUGGGUGGAGGGCUCUUCCCAAGAAGCAAACCGCCGCGAAAUGAUUUAAAUUAAGCUGAUGAUCGAUAUAUACCUCAUAGGAGAAAGAGUGUUCUAACAUCGCGCAAGAGAAUCCGCCUUACGAGAUGGACUUCUAGAAGAGGGAAUUGCAAGGUAAAUAGAGUCUGGUAAUUUGUAGUUUUACCACAGAAAUGUGUGCUAAUAAGGUCCAUGUACUAUUAUUGCAAAGGUGUACCGAUGAUUCAUUAAUAUAUCUAUUUGUGGAAUCAUCAAUGCGUUGUCUUUGAAAUUGGUCUUCGACGUA